CUAUCCCCUACUAUUAAGGUAGUACUUGGGACUGUAAUCAGCUCUUACGCUCCUUUAACUGAACCCAUUCGAUGGAUCAGGAAUUAUAGGAUCUGUGUUAGCUUCUCACCAAACUGGACAUCUAAAACCCGUUGCAAAUAUGGACUCUACCGCUUCCAAACACAGCCGCAAUAUCUCCAGAUCAUCACGGCCCCGUAGCUCUACCAAAGGCCCACUAGAUGAUCCGAAUUACCCACCGAAUGCAAAGGGGACAUACCGGAUCCAAAGUACAGCCAAUGUCGUUAGCUACACCGGCACUUCAUUCACCGAGUUAGAUCCAUUAGCACCGGAUGAUUUACCACAAACCUUAGGGAAGGAUCUCUCGUUCCUCCUCCGAUACGACGUCUAUCAUUCCCUCUCGCAAGUUGAUAUUCCGCAUGCCUUGCGGUCUGAGUUCGUUGGGCUUACCUCAGAAGAGUCACUAUCUUCCUGCCUCAGUACCCUUGAAAGGCUACUGGCUGAAGGUCACUUCUUGCUCGCAGCUUAUCUCUCGGCAACGAUUUUAACCUCAUCUCUCCUCUCGUCCACUAACGUCAAGGUGAUUUUCUCACUUUUCUACACACGAUUAGCAUGCCUGGAACUGUCUGGGAAUACGAUCAUUGCAGCACAAGAAUCAAAAGCACUAGAAGACUUGAGCUCUACUUUUUACUAUGUGGAUCAGGUCUCCGAGGGACCAGAUACCGAAAACGAACGAAAACAGCCUAGUUAUCCCCGUCAUAUCGUACCGUGGCCACUACGUGUUCUCGCAGUCAGGCUGCAAAGUAUUGGAUUCGGUGAUCCACGCAGGGGCAUUGGUGGGCUAUACGAGAUCGGGCUAGAGGCACGGAGAGAGAUCAUGCGGCCAGACUUAACUUCAGCGGAACGAAGCGUAUGGAAAGAAAGACUCUCGGACCUUGGCAUUCGAUGUGUAAAUGCAUUAAUUGAAAUGGGUGAUCUCAGUGCAGCGAGGAGAUCUCUGCAAACAUUAGGAUCAGAUGAUACCCACAAGCUGAGAAAGGCGCUUCUUCUCCUUUUGAUAGGCGAUAUUGAUACAGCAAAGCAAAUCUCUGAUGGACCGGGAGGAACCAGUAUAUUCAAGCCACUUCUGAGUAUGGCUGAGGGCCGCUACGAUGAUGCAGUGGCAGAAUGGCAAGCCCUUCUAGAGAAUAGUCCCAAGGAAACCGAUGCAGCCAUGAUAUCCCAAAACAUGGCAGUAUGCCUAUUAUACACAGGGCGACUAAAUGAGGCCCGUGAGACUCUGGAAUCAUUGGUGCGUGGAGGGCAGUCCUUUGGUAGUUUGAUUUUCAACCUGUCCACAGUCUAUGAGCUUUGUUCAGAUAAGUCCGGACAACUGAAGGCAGGGCUUGUGGAUCUUGUUGCCAAGGAACCUGCCACCGGACACACCAAUUUGGAUCGGUCUAAUGCGGAUUUUAAAUUGUGAUCGAACCUUACGCAACACACAUCAGUAAAGGUCCCCUCGGCAGAGCAAGGACGCCACUUACAGGAUCAGUACGCUAUGGUUGGUCUAAUGUAUUAGCGGUCAUCUAUUAUUUUCUA